UAUAAUAACCAGGAUAUAUAUGAUUUGAAUAUCAUGUUUUCAUAUUCAUGUUCUUAAUUGUGUAAUGGGUGUGAAUUUUUUUAUUUAUUUUUGUUUAAAAGUCACAUUUGGUGGCUGUGACGGGUACUAAUGAGCUUGGAAAAUGAAGUGAUGGCUGCUAUAGAAGGUUCUGCGAAUAACAAUGGUGUAACGACUUUAUUCUAGUCAGAAACGAAGACUUUUAAAGUUCCAGACUUGGUCUCUCAAAUGAUAUCAGAAGAAGAGAGAGUAUACUAGAUCGGAUUGGAGAAGAAUCCCUGAAAAAAACUUGAUUUAGGUUGCAAUGCGUUUCUCGUUAUCUUGUUUCUUCUUGGUGUUGUGCAUCUCCAACUUUAUCUCAGUUUGUAAUGGAUCAGAUGGCAUAUCAGCAGGUGAAUCUCUGUUUCCAAACCAGACGAUAAUCUCUAAAGAGGGCAAGUUUGAACUUGGAUUCUUCACUCCGGGUAACUCUAGCAGUAGCAGCUAUUAUGUUGGAAUAUGGUAUAAAAACAUACCAGUUGAAACAGUGGUGUGGGUUUUGAAUCGAAAUUACUCCAUCCAAUCAUCUUUUCUCGAUACUUGUCUACUGCAAAUGAGUAAUAGCAGCCUCAACCUUAUUGUUAACUCGAAAGUAAUUUGGAGGUCAGCGGCAUCUUUAUAUGUUACUGAGGCACUCAUUCUUGACACUGGAAAUUUUGUCUUAAGAAAUUCUUCAGGCAUUCUGUGGCAGAGCUUCUCCAAUCCGACGGAUACAUGGCUGCCAGGAGCGAUGGUUGGAUUUAAUAGGUCUUCUAAUGACGAAGCCAAACUCGUAUCAUGGAGAAACAACGACGACCCUGCAAGUGGCCAUGUCUCAUUAGGAAUGGAACCAAACGGAGGCGCUGAAAUUUUCAUGAAAAAAAAUGGUAUAGAGACGUUAUGGAGGAGUGGAAUUUGGGAAGGUGGCACUUUUCCGUCAUUCACAUCUUUAAGCCCUUGGUACAAUUUUUCCUUUGUCUCAAGGGAAGAUGGUGCCUUUUUUACAUACAAUGCUAUGAAUGAAUCCUGGGUGGUUAGGAUUGUAUUUAACUAUGAAGGCGUGAUUAUUAAUUACGUGUGGCAGGAGGAGAGGCAGACAUGGGUUAAAAUGGCGACCCAACCUAAUAAUGCGUGUAAUAGAUUUGCUAGGUGUGGGCCUAAUGCAGUUUGUGAUAUUAGGUAUCUUCCUUCUUGCCGAUGUUUGGAUGGAUUUGUAGCAGUAGUUAAGGAAGAGUGGGAUGCGUUUGACUUUUCAGGUGGGUGUAGAAGAAUGAGGCCUCUGCAGUGUGAUGAGGGGAAAACGGAAUUUAUGGAGGUGAGCAACAUUAAGUUUCCUGCAUAUGCUGAAACGCUGGAAAUUACAAGGGUAGGUGUUUGCGAGUUGGUGUGCAGAGUCAACUGCUCUUGCACUGCUUAUGCCAACAGUAAAGGAGGAGGAUGUUUAUUGUUUACUGGGGACUUGAUUGAUUCAGGAGAGGCUGCUGGAAUGAAUUCAGGUGUAACAUUGUAUGUCCGAAUGAGCAAUCAUCAAGACCGUACUAUGAAAGGAAAGAGAAACAUAGUUAUAGUGGCUUUAGUCGUACCCAUUGGUUCUGGAAUACUAAUAUCGGGAUUUUGCAUUUGCUAUUUUGUGCGGAAAAUGCUCAAAGACAAGGCGCCCAGAAUUGCACGUAAAAAUGUAUCACCGCGUGACUUGAAGACCUACGACACACGCACUUCAGUUAAGGGAGAAGAAGCAAGCAUUGAGCAUGAGUUGCCCAUCUUCAGUUUUACUAGCAUAGCCGCAUCAACUAAUAACUUCUCUGAUACAAAUAAGUUAGGAGAGGGUGGUUUUGGACCUGUGUACAAGGCUGAACUAGCUAAUCAACAGUUUGUUGCGGUGAAAAAGCUUUCAAGAACGUCGGGACAAGGGCUCCAAGAGUUCAAAAAUGAGAUAGAACUCAUAGCUAAACUCCAGCACAGAAACCUCGUUGGGAUCCUAGGAUGUUGUGCCGAAAAUGAGGAGAAGAUAUUAGUCUAUGAGUACAUGCCCAACAAAAGCUUGGAUUCUUUUCUUUUUGAUCCAAGAAAGAAAGCCCGACUGAGCUGGGAAAGCCGUGUUCAUAUCAUUCAAGGCAUUGCUCAAGGCCUUCUGUAUCUCCACCAUUAUUCCCGACUCAGAAUAGUUCACAGAGAUCUGAAAGCUAGUAAUAUUCUACUGGAUGCGGCGAUGAACCCCAAAAUCUCGGAUUUUGGCAUGGCAAGAAUUUUUAGAGGGGACGACUUACAAGCCAACACCAAACGGAUUGUCGGUACAUACGGUUAUAUGUCACCAGAAUAUGCCAUGGAAGGACGUUUCUCGUUGAAGUCCGAUGUGUUUGCCUUCGGAGUAUUGGUGCUGGAGAUCAUCAGCGGGAAGAAGAACACUGAUUUUUAUGGCUCUGACUAUCUUAGCCUUCUUGGAUAUGUUUGGAAUAUGUGGAAACAAGAAAGAGCGGGUGAGCUGGUGGAUCCCAUUUUGGACGUCCCAGCUUCAUCAGCUCCGUUGAGAUACAUCAAGAUCGGUUUGUUGUGCGUUCAAGAAAAUGCAGGUGAUCGGCCUCUGAUGUCCGACGUUGUUGCUAUGUUAAGUAACCAACAAACAGCAGUAGAAUCGCCCCAGAAUCCUGCCUUCACUGUUGGGCGAUCUUUGGCUCAACUUAGACACACACAAGAGGAAGAGAUCUGCUCAGCCAACACUUUGACUGUCUCAUAUAUGGAAGCCCGUUGAUGUUCUUCAACUAUUACUCUCUCUUCAAUUAAAAACAAUUGUAAUCCUAAAUUGAUGUUGUUUGAUUGUGCAACCAAUUAAGACUCAAUUCAUACAUCAAGGAUUGUUUCGUGCA